CGCGGUCGCAAUCCCUGUUGUCAAUAAGAAUAUCUUCCACACCUGUGCCGAGAGCUCAGAAGAAUGAUUAUGCCUACAUAUGACUCAUCUAAUGCUUUGGAUACCAAGGAUCACGCGGCGUUUAAAUCCUUCGAUCUAUCAAGUGACGGGCUACGGACAAAAGACGGCAUCGUCUUAGUUCCUCAACCAUCCCAGGAUCCUGAAGACCCAUUGAAUUGGGCCAGAGGAAGGAAGCUAAGAAACCUGACUAUUCUCUGCAUGGCAGGGUUCGCGGGGACCGCAUUAGAUCUCGCUAACCAACUUGCUAUGAAAGACCAGGCAAAGAAUUGGAACAAGGAACUUAUAGACAUCACGUACACUAUAUCUGCCUCAAUUGCAGGUAUUGCCUAUGGGCCAUUGUUGAUUAAUCCCGUGGCGCAGGCGCUUGGUCGCACUGCCAUCAUAUUCUGGUGCCUUGUGUUUGCCAUGGCCUGUGCGAUUUGGUCUGCUUGCAUGACAAGUAGAGGAGACUAUGACCGUUUCGUUGCAUCGCGUCUCUUUGACGGCAUUUUUGGUUCAAUUCCAUCUAUUGUUGGCGUGGGAGCGGUCUAUGACAUGUUCUUUCUGCACGAGCGUGGCAAGGCAUAUGCCAUCUUUCAUGUCUCCUUUCUGUUUGGUACUGUGUUUUGGUGGAUCGUCAUUGCACAGGGAGUCGUUCUGAUUCUUGCGUUCCUUUUCCUGGAGGAGACCAGCUACUCUCGUGACGGGAAGACAUUAUCCGCCGUCAAGCCUACGAACUUCUGGGCUAACCGAAUGGCGACCUUGCUUCCUCAUAAGACGGGGAUAUCCCGCGCAGAACUGGGUCGCAUCGCUCGCCUACCUUUCCGCAUCGGUCUCUCACCCGUUGGCCUUCUUAUUGGUAUCUUCCAAUUAGCAUCAUUCGGCUGGUUCGUCGCAACGCACAGCCUGUUGACUGUGUGGCUGGAGAAACCCGUCUCCGUCGGCGGAUGGGGAUUCAGUCCUCAACGGAAUGCCCUCUGUAUGUCUUCUUCUUCCUCUCGACUACACCAAAGGCCAACCCCCAAAGUCAUCUUCUCCCUCUGGGUCGGCCUCCUGACAGCCGAACUAUGGGGCUACCUCUGCAAUGACCGCAUCGCUCUCUGGAUCUGCCGCACACGCGAAAAGGGCGUAUGGAAACCCGAGUGUCGGCUACAUGCCCUCUGGAUCCCGUCGCUGAUAGUUCUUCCCAUCGGCCUCGGCAUCGUCGGCUCCGCUCUACAAUACCAUCUACAUAACAUGGUCCUCGCCUUAGGUGCCUAUCUCAUCACCUUUGCUUCGAUGAGCUCUGUUCACGUCGCUGUAACCUAUAUGAUCGAAUGCGUCGCUUCGCAGCCAACCGAGGUGGGUGCGUUCAUGGGCGCGUAUCGUCUCACGCUGGGGUUGGUUGUGCCGUUCUUGAUCAACCACUUGAGGGAGCGGACGUUGGCCAAGUUCGCUCCUAGUGAGAUUGGAGCCAAGGUUAUAUAUAUCAGUGAUGAGGACGGACCAUAG